GCAAGAUUCAGCUCACUCCAACACUCCUGUAGUAUGAAGCAGCCUUCACACAGCAAGAGCAAGCACACAGGCAGAUGUGAAGAAAUCUCUUUUGGCUGGGGUAGCUGAUGGCUCUGGGAGAUGCCUGUAACACAGAGUGCAGUAAAACAAGGAAACAACUAAAGAGAGCUUUUAUUAUUCUGAACGGUGCUGUAAGGUUAUGCGUUAUCAGCAGAUCAGAGCUGGGAAGCCUGGGCUGGACACGAUUGUAUUUAAAGAGGCUGGUUUUGGGGAACGUACUGAGAAAGGAGCAGUCAUCACAACAGGCAAACCGCUAUGCUCUGGCUCCUCGCACUGCUCCUCCUCAUUGGGGGUUCUUGUGCCCUGGAUCCACAAUACGGCCCCAAGAACUACAGCAUGGAUGAACAGGGAGCAAAAUUAUUUGUGAAAGAUUACAAUGGACCAGCACAGAUCAUCUACUUCAAGAGUGUUUCAGCCAGCUGGGAAUACAACACGAAUCUGAACAAAUACAACCAGCAGAAACAGAUCGAUGCCUCCCUGGAAGAACAGGAAUUUGUGGAAGUUUGGGCCAAGAAAGCAAAGAAACUGUUUAAUGACACCAAGAAUUUUACUAAUAAAACAGUGACAAGGCUCAUCAAUCAGAUUCGUAUCCUGGGCCCCGCUAACCUCAAUCCCAAUGAGAGAAAGCAGUACAACACCAUCCUGAGUGUAAUGGACAACAUUUACUCCACUGCUAAGGUGUGUCCACCCAAACAACACAACAACUGCUGGUCUCUUGAACCUGAUCUUGUGGAUAUAAUGGCAACAUCUCGGAGUUACCAAAAGCUGCUGUAUGUGUGGGAAGGUUGGCACAACAAUGCAGGAAAUGCAGUGAGAAGCAAGUACUCUGAAUUUGUAAAGAUGAGUAAUAAAGCCUCUCGAAUGGACGGAUUUAAAGACACGGGAGACUAUUGGAGAUCCUGGUAUGAUUCAGCGACAUUUGCAGAGGAUCUUGAAAAGAUCUAUGACCAGCUCAAACCGCUCUACCUUAAUCUUCACGCCUUUGUGAGGAGAAAGUUGUAUCAGAGAUAUGGAUCCAAGUACAUCAAUCUGAGAGGACCUAUUCCUGCACAUCUCUUGGGUAACAUGUGGGCCCAGCAAUGGAACAACAUCUAUGACAUGAUGAUCCCAUACCCAAACAAAGGCAAUAUCGAUGUCACCGAUACGAUGGUUGCACAGCAAUGGAAUGUCACUCACAUGUUCAGAGAAUCGGAGAAGUUCUUCGAAUCCCUGGGGCUCAUCCCGAUGCCACAGGAAUUCUGGAAUCAUUCAAUGCUCGAGAAACCCAAGGAUGGGAGGGAAGUUGUCUGCCAUGCAUCUGCUUGGGACUUUUACAACCAGAAGGACUUCAGAAUCAAACAGUGCACGACAGUCACUAUGGAGCAGCUCUUCACCGUACACCAUGAAAUGGGCCAUGUGGAAUACUAUCUUCAGUACAAGGAUCAACCAGUCAGCUUCAGGAGUGGGGCCAACCCAGGCUUCCACGAAGCAAUCGGAGACGUAAUGGCACUCUCAGUGUCCACGCCCAAGCACUUGAAUCAAAUUGGACUACUGAAAUCUGCCAUGAAUGACAAUGAAAGCGACAUUAACUACCUCCUGAAAAUGGCAUUGGAAAAGAUUGCCUUCCUCCCAUUUGGAUAUCUAAUUGACCAGUGGCGCUGGGGAGUGUUCAAUGGACGGAUUUCACCAGAGAACUAUAACUAUGAAUGGUGGUAUCUGAGGACAAAGUACCAAGGGAUCUGCUCACCCAUUCCAAGAGAUGUAAAGAACUUUGACCCUGGUGCCAAGUACCACAUCCCGGCAAACACACCUUACAUCAGGUACUUUGUGAGUUUUAUCCUGCAGUUUCAAUUCCACAAAGCUCUGUGCAAUGAGGCAGGACAAACAGGACCUCUGCAUAAAUGUGACAUUUACAACUCAAAGGCAGCUGGUAACAAACUCCGUGAGGCACUGAGAGCUGGUUCCUCUGAAGAUUGGCAGGUCAUCCUUGAGAAGAUGACAGGCAGCAAGAAAAUGGAUGCUACAGCUCUGCUUGAGUAUUUUAAGCCCAUCACUGACUGGCUGCUGAAUGAGAACAAACUAAACAAAGAAGAGCUGGGUUGGCCUGAAUUUGACUGGCAUCCUCCAAUCCCUGAUGGAUACCCAAAUGGCAUUGACAAAGUGACCGAUGAAAAAUUAGCAGACAGCUUUCUGACCAACUACAACAACGUUACGGAGAAAGUGUGGUACGACUACACAGAGGCCUCAUGGACCUACAAUACCAACAUCACCGACCAUAACAACAAGGUCAUGCUGGAUAAAAGCCUAAAGAUGAACAAUCACUCACUGGUAUACGGUAAGAAAGCUAGGAAUUUUGACUCCACGGACUUCCAAAGCCCAGAAAUCAAACGUAUUCUCAAGAAACUGAGUGACAUUGAACGUGCAGCUCUUCCUGAGGAAGAAGUGAAGGAGUACAACAAUGUCUUGUCUGAAAUGGAAACCACCUACAGUAUUGCAAAAGUAUGUUACGCAAACAAGACUUGUCAUCCUCUGGACCCUGAUCUAACAGCACUCAUGGCGACUUCAAACAACUACAACGAUCUGCUGUUUGCUUGGCAAGGAUGGAGAGAUGCCUCAGGAAAGAAAAUGAGGACCAACUUCAAGAAAUAUGUGGAGUUGAGCAACAAGGCAGCGAGACUGAAUGGUCACACUGAUACUGGAGCUUUCUGGAGGUCACUUUAUGAGUCCAACACCUUUGAAGCAGAUUUGGAGAAUAUUUACCAGCAGCUGAAGCCCCUGUACCUGAACCUACAUGCAUAUGUCAGGAGAGCAUUGCACAAGAAAUAUGGAAACCAAUACAUCAAUCUGAAGGGUCCAAUCCCAGCUCAUCUCUUGGGAAAUAUGUGGGCCCAAUCAUGGAACAAUAUCUACAAAUUGGUGAUGCCAUAUCCUAGUGCCAGCCACGUUGAUGCUACACCUCAAAUGGUGGCCCAGAACUGGAAUCCCUUAAGAAUGUUUAACGAAUCAGACCGCUUCUUCACAUCACUUGGCCUCAUCCCGAUGCCAAAGGAAUUCUGGGAAAAGUCGAUGAUUGUGAAACCGGCGGACCGUGAAGUUGUUUGCCAUGCCUCCGCCUGGGACUUCUUCAACAAGAAAGACUUUAGAAUUAAGCAGUGCACGGUGGUGAACAUGGAGGACCUGAUAACGGUUCAUCACGAAAUGGGCCACAUUCAAUAUUUCCUUCAGUACAAAGACCAGCCCAUCUCAUUCCGAGAUGGUGCUAACCCUGGGUUCCACGAGGCCAUUGGAGAUGUUAUGGCUCUGUCAGUAUCCACUCCCAAACAUCUCCACAGCAUCGGACUCCUCAACAAGGUGGAAAAUAACCAAGAGAGCGAUAUUAACUACCUGAUGAGCAUGGCCUUGGACAAGAUUGCUUUCCUUCCAUUCAGCUACUUGAUGGAUCAAUGGCGAUGGAAGGUGUUUGAUGGACGGAUCCCAGAAGAUGUUUACAACCAGGAGUGGUGGAAUCUCAGGUUAAAAUAUCAGGGUGUGUGCCCUCCUGUCCCUCGCUCAGAGGAAGAUUUUGACCCUGGUGCAAAGUUUCAUAUUCCUUCAAGUGUUCCUUACGUCAGAUACUUUGUGAGUUUCGUCAUCCAGUUCCAGUUCCACGAGAGCCUUUGUAAAGUCGCUGGUCAAACAGGACCUCUGUACAAAUGUGACAUCUACAAAUCAAAAGCUGCAGGAAAACGCAUUGGGGAUGCCUUGAAACUGGGAAGCAGCAAACCUUGGCCCGAGGCCAUGAAGAUGAUCACAGGGAAUUCAACGAUGUCUGCUAAUUCCCUGCUGAAAUACUUCCAGCCACUGACAGAUUGGCUCAUUGACAAAAACAGAAAGAAUAAUGAGACCUUGGGAUGGCCUCACUAUGACUGGACUCCAGCUCUUGCCGCAGUUGAACCUCCAUCGACACAAGUUUCAAACAGCCAAGUGGAUUUUCUGGGCAUGAGUUUAGGACCAGAGCAGGCAACAGCAGGCCAGUGGAUCCUGCUUGUACUGACCCUUGCCCUGGUCAUAGCAGUAACAGUCCUUGUAGCAAGAAUAAUUUUAAAAAAGAGGCGUCCUAACAAAUCGACAUCUGAACUUGAAUUGAAAUGAAAACAAAUCUCAUCAGGUCAGAACUCUUCACUAUGCAAAAAAAAACAAUAAUUCAACACUCAAUUUGUAUUUGUAAAUCUGCUGUAAGAAUGUUUAAUCAGUCUCUUGGGGUGGACAGUCUUCAUACUUUGGACACUUCAGCAUCGAUUAGAUACUUGGUGCGGGGAUGUAAAAUAAUAUAUUAAAGGAUUCUCUUAUGCCUGUGAUUUGCUGUAACUUUUGAAUGUGAAAAUAAUGUAAGUUAGAGCAGUGUCAGGUUACAUUGUUGAGAUUCCAUGACAAAGAUAUACUGUCCUAUAGUGAUGUUGUUCUCUGGAUGUUGCUGUGACCCUGAGUCUGUCCGCUUUGAAAAUGUCUGUCUUAUGACCAUGUCUCACUACAGCGAGCGAACAUUUAACUGAUGACAGGGCUGAUACAUUCUAGAAUUGGACAAAUGAGGGGAAUGUUUCCCCGCUCAAGGUUUUGUCUCCCACCCCGCCCCCUCUUUACUGAAUACCAGAAUUCCCUUGAAGUCCCUCCCAACCCUUAACACAUUGGCUGUGCCUCUGUAUCCCAGUGCCCUCAUCACACCAAGUAGCACCCUCAAUCGUGAGAGCAGCUGAUGUAAGAUUCCCACACUCCUGGCAUAGCAUCAACAAGCAAUUGAACUGCCAAGUUUCGAGCAGAACAUAAGGACCUUUCAACCAAUCUUAAGGAAAAAUCAUUAAUCGCAGGAUUUCAGUGCAGGAUGUGAAUAGUCUGGGGAAAUGUCAUAAAUCAUUGAUAUUCCCAUCAUACCUCAAAACUCACAGCUUGUUUUAAAAUGGGCAACACGGCAGCACUGCACCCAACUCUACAUCCAGCCUUGGUAAAGCCUCACAGGACCUUGAAAGCAGUUUGACUUUUUUUUUCUUAAAAUCGUUUCCACCGCUUCCCUCCCCUUUCCCCCCACCCCCCCCCCCCCACCCCCCCCUAAAAUAUCCAACUAUUGAAGAGGUGCUAAAUGUAAUUUAUUUGGCCCAACAAUGGCCCACGAAUUUCUGCCAUGAGGGGUUGAACAGUACAGAGAGUGAAGGUCCCAUGUUUGAUCUGCAGUCUGUGCAAGGUUUGCUGAUCUCAAUCAGGGUGGCUGUUGGGGUUCUGCAAUGCACCUUCUGUGCUGGGGAGGUGAGGUUUAGUCAGUGUUUUCCCUUCUGAUUGCCAUCCUGUGGUACCCCCCAUGGAAGUGACCUUAUGCAGACAUGGAUUGAAGAGAAGGUGAGACUCAACUGUGAUGCCUUGGGUAGCUGAAUAGCAAAUUAGCACUCAAAUCAACUCUCGGCUCCGGCAAGAUAACCCAGAAGGCAAGCAACGUUCGUGGAGAACUAAACCCAUGCAAGGAGCCAUGACCUUAAGCAGAAAAAGGGAGAGGACUGAUAUCAAGAAUUUACCAUGGAAACCAAAUCCAGAGGCAUCCUCAGAAAAAUUGCUGCUGUGUUCCAGAAAAAUCUAGCCCAUAACAUUGUUUCUCCAAUGUAGAUAUAUACAUCCAUUGCAUGAAUUUUGUGUGGUGAUUCACAUAGGAAGUGUUCAGAGAAUGUAAACCAAGAGUAUAUGGUUGAAGAAAUUGUUCUAACAAACAGCAUGCACAAUAUACUUGAGCUGGUUCAAA